UCUAUCAGAGUGUAGAGGUGUUGUUCUAUCAGAGUGUGGAGGUGUUGUUCUAUCAGAGUGUGGAGGUGUUGUUCUAUCAGAGUGUGGAGGUGUUGUUCUAUCAGAGUGUGGCGGUGUUGUUCUAUCAGAGUGUGGCGGUGUUGUUCUAUCAGAGUGUGGAGGUGUUGUUCUAUCAGAGUGUGGCGGUGUUGUUCUAUCAGAGUGUGGAGGUGUUGUUCUAUCAGAGUGUGGCGGUGUUGUUCUAUCGGAGUGUGGAGGUGUUGUUCUAUCGGAGUGUGGAUGUGUUGCUCUAUCAGAGUGUGGAAGUGUUGUUCUAUCAGAGUGUGGAAGUUUUGUUCUAUCAGAGUGUGAAUGUGUUGUUUUAUCAGAGUGUGGAGGUGUUGUUUUAUCAGAGUGUGGAGGUGUUGUUUUAUCAGAGUGUGGAGGUGUUGUUUUAUCACAGUGUGAAGAUGUUGUUCUAUCAGAGGGUGAAUGUAUCAUUCUAGCUGAGUGUAGUGAUGCUGAUCUUCGGCAGUGUUUCCUUCCUUUAGGGUUUACAUCGCUGCUUCUUCCUCCUGCUUAUUGUAAGCAACCAGAAGUGAUCAGCAGCUCACUGCUCAGACUCACGAGUGCAGAAACAGAUUGAAAAUGUUGUGUUGAGUUCUGACCUUGUCUCACUUUAAAGCAGUUCUGAAAGGAGGUUAGUGAUGUGGGCAGUAGAAUGAAAACACUUCAGAGGACUGUGUUAUUUUUCCAAGUUCUGAUCUGUGUGGAAAUGAAGAACCAAUCUGGAAAUGUUUUUACUGGAACAGAGGGAGGCCGUGUGGAAAUCUACUGUAAUUAUCCAGAUGGAUACCAAUAUGUAUCCCAAUACUUUUGCCGUCAUCCAUGUAGUCAUUCUGAUGUUUUAAUUAAAACUGAGAAGGCUGAUAAAGUCACCUCUGAAGGCAGAUACUCUAUACUGAACACUGUGUCUGCACAGAGCCUUUCUGUUACUAUCAGAAACCUCAGAUUAGGAGACUCUGGGGUUUAUUACUGUGGAGUGGAUAAAUGGGGAAAAGACAGACUCAGUAAAGUAGUGGUCACUGUCAGGAAAGUUUCUCCUAAUUCUACUACUCCAGCAUCCACUCAUGAAACUGCUAAAUCUACAGAGCAGGCCAGCAGCAACACAGUCACACAGAUUUCUACAGUUAAUUCCACCACAUAUGGAUCAUCAACAAAACAGUCCUCACAAUCUUCAGUAAUGUUUGAGUUUCCUAUUUAUGGAGGGGUGCUUGGUCUGUUGCUGUGCUGUGUUCUUGUGGCUCUUGUGGUUCUCUACAGGAGACGAUCCAAUACACACUCCACAACUUUGAAACCACCUGCCCCUGAAAAUCAAUUCUCAGAUCCACCGCUUAAUCAGGAGGAGGUUUACCACAUUUAUGAUGAGAUGUUGGCUGUGUACAGUUUAGCUGGUCCAGCUGAUAAAGAGAACUCUUCAGAAACCUACAGUGUCAUCCAGCAUGUUCCCCCAACGGAGGAAGACUCCUGUCUAUACUCCCUCAUAGCUCCUCACUAAGAUACAGCACCCCUUAAACUCCAGGCACAGAAAUAAAUGAAAGUUAAGCCAAAAGGAAACAACGGUAACUCUUUCUAUGAUUAUUAUGUCUAUAGGGCACUGUGAACACAUUCAGAAGGUAUGAUAAAUGUGACAAUAAUAUUUCCAGAAAUGUUUUAUUCAUUUUAUUUAAUAUUUAUUUUUAUUUCUGCAUUAAACUUUAUAGCUAUGUUUAUUAUGCAUUAUGAAUUGUUAACUUAUUGUAUUAUAUUAUAAAUGAUGUUCAUAAUAUUUAUACCAUCAAAAGAAACUCAGUCUCAGCUUGCAUAGUGCAUUAUGACCUGCCUAAUCAUAAACACAUGCUGAGCCAUGCCAUGAUUAUGGCCUACAUAAACUUUUUUUUAGCCUAUUAUCUGUGUCACUUAUUAUAGCUCACAUAUAGGUUAUGACAAUUUGGUUUCAGUGUCAUAUGUUUAUCAAUAAUAUACCCAUAAUUGCUGUCACUUUACUUAAAAAGCUUGCAAAGACAUGUUGCAGUAUAUAAAAAUUAGUAUAGGCUAAAAUUUCAUUCCAGAUCAGAAAUUAUUAAAAGAAAUCAGCGUAUGUUUGUGACUAGGAAGGUUAAAAUACAAACUGGGACUGAGUUUGUUUGUCACUGACAGCACAUUCUAUCAUGAAGACUAUGUAUAAUGCAUUAUGUUAACAAUUCAUAAUGCAUUAUAAACAUGGCUAUAAGGUGUAAUGUAUUUUCAUAAAUAUUUAUAGCCAUGUUUAUAAUACUUUAUGAAUGCAUUGUGACGUCAUGUACAUGUUCAUAGAUUCUUAUAUGGAUCAUUCUACUGAAUUGGCUCAAAGUCAGUUCAGAGUUCAAAACACAUUUUGGAUUUUUACUGACUUGGACUUUAGACUAAAAUCAUUGUUGCCUUGUAUGACCAUAUGCCUUAAUUACGUUGAUUUUAUUUAAACAAAUCACUGAAAAUUCCGUUUUGUCACUAACAAAACAAUAUGAUUCUUUGGUAGUGACUGUUGCCGAAGAUACAAUUUUAACUCAAAAAUGCUUGCCAGUACAAUACUUGCACACAGCUUUGAACAGCUGUACACACAGUAAAUCAUAACAUUUUUCAUUAUAACACAAAAAAUCUGUGUUUUGUUAGUAAUAGUUCUUAUUUGUAAUGGGCCUCAUUCACCAAUAAAGUUUUUUCCUAAAUUUAUUCUUGGAAAAUGUCCUAAAAAUGUAUAUGUUAGAUUCAUGACGUGUUCUUAAACCACAGAACUGUUCGCAACUUUGUGCUCUUGAGUGUGUGUAGAUUCUGUUCUUACCUAAGUGGCAGGUUCACACUACAGCUUCAUAGUACUGGCGUUUGUUUACCCACAGUUCACCCAUCUGAAAUUAAAUUAAUUGAAAUCUGAAUCUGCUAUGUAUGUGAGGAGUAAGCUUGUAAGUUCUUUUUCCCCAGCACACAUUUUUUAGUUGUCUUAGAUUUUAGGCUAUUUUAGAUUCUCUAUUUUAGAUUUUUCAGGGAACAAACAGUUUUUAGAGACGACUAAGAUUCUAAUGCAGUAUGAUAAACUCCAUAAAACGGAAAAAAGUUUCAACUUUCCAUAUAAAAGAUUUUCUUAAAAAUUCUUUUAAGGGAUGUCAGAAUGAAUAAUUACUGCACAUGCACCGUGCUAGAGUGACGGAAACGUAAAAGCGUUAGAACUGGGCUUGAACUACUUUCUCUCGUGUGGACAGUAAGUGACUUAACCACUAAGCUAAUCAGACAAUUAGAAAACAUGCAUGCUCAGCUCAAAAACUACUAUCCUGAAGUGCAAAACUGUAAAAAGGUUUUCAAUGCGACAACUAGGCCUGGGUGAUUUCUACAAAUAAUCAGCACGACAUUUGGAGAAUGUCAGAAUCUUCACGAAAACUGCGUAAAGCUGCAAAAUUUCUUGCUAAGAACGGCUGGUGAAUGAGGCUCAAUGUUCUUAAUUCUUAAUGUUACACAUAAAACAAAGGUAUGUAACUGCUCACCAUGUGGCCAUGAGGGACAGGGAUGCAGUCUCACUUCCUGCUCUAAAAUGCUGGGGUGUGGCUAAAAUUAGGCUCCACCUACAUUGUAAAAAGUGACUUGUCAGAUCUACCAAAAAAAAAUAUUUCAUGUGGUAACAAGUAAAUUAAGUAGUUUUAUUCAACCUAAAUAAAUACUUUGAAUGAACGAUUCUUUCAAUCAAUGUAGUUUUUUAAGUCAAAUAAAACUCGUCCAAUUGCUUAUAACCACAUGAAGUACUUGUUUUAGGUAUAUCUGAUGAGCCACUUUUUACAGAGUAUGGACUAAAACACACUGUAUGUCAGUUUAAAGUUUUAUUUAAAAAUGAAACUCAUAAUGAAUCUAAAUCUUUCAAUAUCACUUAAAAAGAACUAAAAAAGGUACAAACAAAUAUAAGUAUUAUUUUCUGAAGUUGAAGUUUAGGAUUUAGGGUUUGGGACAGCUGCCACCUAAUAGAAAGUACCCUAUAAAUAAUGAUUUUGUGUAUACGUAGCUUUUUACUGUCUAAAAUAAUGCCCUGGGUUUAAAUAGAUCCUAAUAUAAUCCUUACGUUUAUAUAUCUAAGGUCUAACUACUUAAUUGUUUUUCUUUUUUUUUAUGGGACUGCAGUUUGAACAAAUUCGGUAGAAUAGUCCUCAGACAUUGUAUUCAUACAAAGUGUUAGUGAAAUAUCUACCCUACUGAGAAGUUUAUUUUAGUUCCGUUGAACAUUCUGUCUUAUUUACUAUUUAGUAUUCCUCUCAUAUUCAUACUCAUAGCUUCCAAACACUGUAUGUACUAGCAGUUGGCCUAUACAUGCUAUGGCUACAGUUGCAGAAACAUGUAGAUUCAAGCUGUCUGUAAUGUUUUGGCAUGCAUGCCUCUGCCCUGAACUUCCGGUGUGACAUUGUGGCUUUUUUGCCUUCUCCAGAAGCCACGUUCUCUGUCUCAUGCAGCUCUUGUGCAAGACAGUUAAGCAGUUGCAAACGUUUGUGCAAAAACCAUUUAAACGGAAAGCAUACCUAGCACAAGAAGCCGAAGCGACUGCCCACUGCUAAAGGAAUUUCUAAAGUGGGCAAACUUUCCAGCUGCAUGUCUAUCACAUUAUACGCACCACGUUAGGACAGUGAGAGGCUCUUCAGGACCGCAAUGCAUUCAUCAUAGCUGAAAGGGCUCUGUGGUUUUAAUAUAGGGGAGGGGAACAUAAACGAGACACAGCUUCAUAUAUCAUAUAUAUAACCUACUGAGAUUAGUUAUUGUAUUUUAAGUUGUUGUUGUGUUAGCACUUCUCAAAAGCAGUUCUUACCAUCAGACAUAUGUCAGUCAUUUUACAUGUAUCAGCUCUUGACAAUAUUCCUUAUUGUGCAUAGGUUCAUUAUAAAAAUGUUACUUUCUUAAAUGCUUCAAUGAAAAAAACUGUUUUUGACUGUCUUGUGGUUUGUCUGUCUGUCAUGGCUGUGUGGCAAUAAUAGGUCAAUGAGUCAACAGGGCCACACUGUGACUGCCCACUGCUAAAGGUAUUUCUAAAGUGGGCAAACUUUCCAGCUGCAUGUCUAUCACAUUAUUCGCAUCACGUUAGGACAGUGAGAGGCUCUUCAGGGCCACAAUGCAGUUAUCAUAGCUGAAAGGGCUCUGUGGUUUUAAUAUAGGGGAGGGGAACAUAAACAAGACACAGCUUCAGCAUAUUACUUAGUACAAUCUCAGUAUGUUGUUCUUUGACCAUGUGUGAUGUGGGUUUGUUUAGGCGGAGAUGAAGAAAAGCGGAAACGUGAGUGCAUAUGACAGUGAUGUAGUAAAGCUAACCCACAAUUAUAACAAUAAUGUGAAAUUUGAAAAUGGAGUAAAUGUGAAUAAAUGCAUGCAUUUAAAUACAUGUUUAUAUAUAUAUAUAUAUAUAUAUAUAUAUAUAUAUAUAUGACCUACUGAGAUUAGUUAUUGUAUUUUAAAUUGUUGUUGUGUUAACACUACCCAAAAGCAGUUCUUACCAUCAGACAUAAGUCAGUCAUUUUACAUGUAUCAGCUCUUGACCAUAUUCUUAUUGUGCAUAGGUUCAUUAUAAAAAUGUUACUUUCUUAAUUGCUUCAAUAAA